AUUCCCGCUAAGCUAAGCUUCCAUUCCCAAAUGGGUAAUAUGCGAACCACCACACUAAACUUUUUGUUCGCUGAGUAUGUCUCACUAUUCCCCCAACAAACCGCCGCCACAAUCAUUGCGGGCCGAGCCUCGCGGAGGGAGAAAUUGAUUUAAAUGGCUGGAGAAAUGUCUAGACAAUUGAAAUUUUAUUAGAAUUUCUUAUUUAUAUUUCAAUUGGCUUAUAGUAUAUACUUUAAUUGAAUUUAAUAUGACUGCUACUACUGUAUUUGUUUCAGGAGCCACUGGUUUCAUUGCUCAACAUGUUGUUAAAUCUUUACUUGGUAAAGGUUAUAAAGUUGUUGGAUCGGUUAGAUCUGCCUCUAAGGGAGAUCAUUUAAAGGGUUUACUUAAUUCAAAUGAUUUUUCAUAUGAAAUUGUUGAAGAUGUUGAAAAAGUUGGUGCUUUUGAUAAAGCCUUAGAAGCUCAUCCUGAAGUAUCUGUAUUUUUACAUACUGCUUCACCAUUUCAUUUUAAGACAUCUAAUCCAGAAAAGGAUUUAUUAAAUCCAGCUAUCAAUGGUACUAAGAAUGCCUUAAAUGCAAUUCAAGCUCAUGGUAAAAAUGUUAAGAGAGUAGUUAUUACUUCAUCUUAUGCAGCAAUUGCAACUUCAACUAAAGAAAUUGAUAACACUCAUACUUUCACUGAAAAGUCAUGGAAUGAAGUUACUUGGGAACAAGCCACUAAGGAUCCAGUAGCAGGUUAUAGAGGCUCUAAGACUUUUGCUGAAAAGGCUGCUUGGGAAUUUUUGGAAUUACAAAAGCCUGACUUCGAGCUUGCCGUUGUUAAUCCAAGUUUUGUAUUUGGCCCACAAGCAUUUGAUAGUGAAGUUAAAGAUUCUUUAAAUACUUCUUCUGAAAUCAUUAAUGCUAUUUUAAAGAAUGGUCCUGAUGCAGAUGUACCUGCAAGCAAAGGUGGAUUUGUUGAUGUUAGAGAUGUUGCAGCUGCUCAUAUUGUUGCCUUUGAAAAGAAAGAAGCUGUAAACCAAAGAUUAAUUCUUAAUGCUGGUAGAUUUGCUGGACAAGAUAUUCUUGAUAUCUUAAAUGAAUCAUUCCCAGAAUUAAAGGGUAAAAUUCCUGUAGGUAAACCAGGAAUUGGACCAUCAAUUACUUCUACUUUAGCUAAAGUUGAUAACUCUAAGACUAUAGAAAUUUUAGGAUUCGAUCUUAUCGGUUUAAAGAAGACCGUAGUUGAUUCUGUCAAGCAAAUUUUGGAUUCUAAAAAAUAAAGAUAUUAGCUAGUUGAGUAUAUACGUUUAAAAUAUAUAUAGUUAGGAUUUAACCAAAUCCGGAAUUAACCUAUAUAUGUAGGAUUCAUUUGAUAAUGAUAAUGA